AUGCCAGGUUUGAGUCGUGAAUUAGUAGAGCAUCAAUUGCCAUUAAAGGCCAAUGUCAAACCUGUCAAGCAGCCACUAAGGAGAUUUACUCUUGAAGUCGUGCAGAAGAUUAAAGAAGAGAUUGAAAGACUUCUUAAGGCUAAGUCUAUAAGAACAGCAAGGUGUGUUAGUGAAAAUUUAAGAAAGUAUUUCAAUGUGGCUACAAAGUUAUUGAGCGAGUUUGACAAUGUCAUUGUAAGGCAUGUUCCAAGGGAGUUAAAUCAAGAAGCAAAUAAAUUAGCUCAAAUUGCUUCAAGAUAUAAGAUCAAGUCCUCAACAUUAGAAAAAUUGGUAAGGAUAAAGGACAUAUUUAUGCCUUUGAGAGAAAGAGAAGUGUUGUUAUUAGAAAAACUAGACCCAAAAGAUUGGAGAGUACUAAUUGUGGAAUAUCUAGAAAAUCCAAGUCUUAGUGUCGAUAGAAAACUUAAAUAUAGGGCUCAAAGUUAUGUUCUAAUGAAUAAUGUCUUGUUUAAGAAAUCUGUUGAUGGAAAUCUCUUGACAUGUUUGGGAGAAAAAGAAACAUAUUUGGCUCUUGCAGAAGUGCAUAAGGGAAUUUGUGGUGCCCAUCAGUCAGGGAAAAAAAUGAAAUGGGUGACAAAUAGGAGAAAAUUGUAUUGGCCAACUAUUCAAAGAGAUUGUAUAAAUUAUGCUAGGUCCUGUGAGGAAUACCAAAAACAUGGAAGCCUUUAA